AUGACGACGGCCCUGUGCGCCUCGCCCGCUGCACGCAUGAGGAGGGGCCGCGACGAACGACGCGCUGAGGGAGCCGUGACGUGUGGGCGUGCGACGAGGGCCGGUGGGGCGGAGCACACAUUUCUUUCCUCUUGUUUUUUUGCGGCCAGGGCGGGCAGACACCCGCGGCGCCACACACACACAGCCACACGCUGCCGCCGUGUUCUUAAGAUUUUUUGCUUUGCGUGUGCAUUUCACGCGCCGGCAUUUCUUUUGGUGUCGGCCUCGUGUGCAUUUCUUUUCCCCCUGAUGAGUUUUUUUUCUUUUGCUGCGCUCACUCUCCCGAUGGAGAGACGCGACACCCGUCAUGUCUGCGUGCUUCUCUCAGUCCCCAUGCACACAAGAGCGACUGUGCUCUGCGGGCCGGACUCGCACGCCGAUGAAAGGGCUGAGGGGAGCAGCAACACGCAGAUGACCCCAUGA